AGUAGCAGCAAACCAUUCCGGGCCUCUAUUGGAUUAAGAUCUGCUGACUGUGAUCAAAGCAUGGAGAACUCAUCCUCCCAUUCAGCUUCCUCUGGAUCCAGGGACAAAAAGAUGAAAAUUUCCAAUUCUGAAGUGCAAGCGCUGAUCGAGCAGGAGGUUCAAACUGCAGUUAAACAGUCAGAAACCAAGCUGCAGGGUUUAAUGCAGUCCCUUCUCCAGCUGGAUCAGUACAUUGACUUUACAGGAUCCAACCAGAAACUGGAGGCUAAAAUCAACAUGAUAACCAGGAGGGCGGACACAGCUUUUGCCCACCCCGCAGACAAGGGUGCAGUACCAUGUCCGGUUAACAUGGCCAUUGUCAAGUCAUGCCCUGCUGGUGAUCCAAUGGAAACUGCACCACAAAUAAAGAGCAGAGCAAAGCAGACAUGCAGAAAGAGCACAGGGGCCAAAGUGAAGAGAGCAAAUCACUUUGAAAUUAAGGAAAAGUCCAGAAGAGCACUUGAGAAGCUCCAUGCAGAAGAGGAAGCUUUGACGGCUGCCAUGGCAGAUUUUACAGAAGAAGAGGAGCUGCCUCCUCCAGUUUUAUCUCCUUUUCAGUCUUUUCCGUGUAAGAAAGAGCCAGAAGAUGAACUGGAAAAUGUUAACAAUUAUGAGGAGGUGAUGCAGACUGAGGCGCAGAAAGUAGAGAGAGAGGUGAUGAAGACCGAGGAGCAGAAAGUAGAGAGAGAGGUGAUGAAGACUGAGGAGCGGAAAGCAGUGAUUAAGGAAGAGAAAUUGUUCCCUGCUGGCAUUACCAACAGCUCCAAUCCCAACACCACAGAGCAGCCAAAGGACAACCUCCAGUACCCUCCUCUCCCUACCCCCUCCUUCCCCUCGACCCUGAAUAUGGAAGCGGCAUCAUACAACAUCCCACAGAAGGUGCACGUCCGUCUGGCUCUCAUCAGGAAUCCUCCAGGCCUCUCAGUGAUGUGGAACGUACAGCAGGAAGACCCGUCUGCUCCACCGAUGCAGGGUUACAAAAUCUACUUCACCAUGGAAAAAGGGAAGGGCAGCGGCAUCUUCGUUAUGUGGAACGUCCUUGGAGAAGUGGAAGCACGCAGUCUGCCCAUGUGUGCGCUUAUAAGCAAGUACAAGCCCGGGCACAGGCUGUGUGUGGCUGUGGUGGGCAUAGACAAAUUUGGCAGGUAUGGACCCUACAGUGAAGUAGUAACUGCUGCCUUACCUGAGUAACUGAUAGGAGGAAAGGGGUUCUUUCAGGGUUGAUUAUACCUACUUUUGUACUACAAAGAAGUAUUUCAAAAUGCCUCAAGGUGUAUACCAAAAGAAGGUUUCCAGCAUUUUUGAUUUUUUUAAAAUGAAAUAAAAGGGAAUGAAAGCAAUUGUAAAUAGGCGCGUGACUGCUGCUGGAGUGUCCCUUUGUUGUAUGUGAAUUUAAAGGCAACAUAUACCGCUUUACACCUGUGAACACAGUACAAAUAAAACAUUGAUGUUGUCAAAAUGUGAUAUGGACCAAGGAGCAGAUGAAAAACACCCUCUCUUGCUAUGAGGAACAAAUGUGAACAAGCAAAUGAGGAUUUUUUUGCGUUCAUUAAGCCAGAUGUACACUGUGCAAUUUCUAGCCGACCUUGUAACAGUCAUGGGGAAAUGUCAGUUCAUACUGUACGACUGGAUCAUUUACAAUGCACAACCAUCUCCCAUGAUUUAUGUAUUCAUUCGAUAUGGUCUGAUGGUCGCGCACGACCUGAGUGCUCACUAGAGAUGAAACAGUUACCUUUAUUAAUAAUAACUACCAUAAAAUUCCACCUCACUUAUCAAACUGUUAGUGAAAACAGCGCUUUAAUAUCCUGGUUAAUAAUGUCCAGACAGCAUGCUUCAUAGGUUGGCUGUCUUGCCCUCCUCUACCCUGCAUGACAAACGAUGCACAAUCAGGCUGAAAGUCAAUACGACUUCCUUGCGAGUUGUGCUUCUCAAAAUUUGUGCCUGGCUUGUCCAAAAAUCGCACAGUGUAUGUCCAGCUUUACACUUAAUUUUCCAGAACAUUUCAUUAUUGCAUGUGUAAAAAGUAGGUUGUGACCACUAUGAUAUCUCAAGGACAGCAGAUUCUGAAUGGACUGGCUUAUUUUAUAUUUUUUUAGUUUGGUGGACACUCCAGAUGCUCAAAAAUAUGUGAUGAAUUUCUGAAAAGUUGUUUUUUUCAUGAUAUGUCUCCUAUAAGGUUUCUUUCUCUGUUUUGUCUGUCAAAUCUUUCAUAAGAACAUGACCAGCAGUCAUUAUUCGUCCUACCUCAACUAACUUAUGUAAACAUAAUUUCAUCAAUGUGUUGAACAUUUGUUUUUUGUAAUGUUGUAAUAAAAUCAAAAGUAUUUAAA